AAGACUGUUGGAAAAGCAUUCCAGGGGCCCGUGGAGAGGUUCAGGGAGAGGAGCAGACCUCUGGCACCGACCCUGGAAGAGAGGAGGGACCACCUCAUAGAGAGAAGGGGCCACAYCAGAAGGAGGACGGAACAAUGCCAUUGGACAUCUGCCUUGGGACAGAGCCAUGACCAGUCUGGAGCCAGACAGAAGACUGGAUUCCACACUCUGACUGAAACCUUCAAGCACAAACACAACCAUGCUUACAUGACCAAUUGACCGCUGGGCCUUAUCCAUCCACCAUCCAUCUGAUCCAUCCGGCCUCCUCAGCACAUUCCAUUCCACGCGGAUGGAUACGUCAAGUGAACCGGUCCGACUAGAGCACUGCCUUGGCCCUACCGUAACCCUGGCGACCUGGCUGUUAACAUAAACACCAGGCCUGACCUUUCACCUCUCAGCCUUACCUACUUAUCUGGGUAACCCUGGGAAGGUCUGGCCCGGACGACAUAGCCACGGUUUCCUGGUAUUUCUGUCUCGCUUUCUGUUUAUCUGUCUGUCUCUCUCACUCUUUAUAUAUUCUUCUACUGCCAGGGAAGCCCUGUCCAUCUGUCCUCAGCCCAUCCCUGACCCCUGAACCCUGGUAGAUUUUGAAGCCUUGCACUAGAUUAAGUGUCUCCGWUUGUGACCUCAUGUUCCCUUUGAGACUUGGGUAGAGACGUCUCUACAGGGAAAGACAAGGAAUAUGAUGCUGAUGUAGAAAGCUUGUUAAARACAAAAGUAGUAUAUUGAGGUUAAUUCAUACAGUAUAAACACAUUAUCAGCUACAAAUAAAUGGAUUGCUGUCAAAUUUGUUUUAUGUUAAGAGCCACUGCUCAUACUCAUGUUGCUAACCUGCCCUGCGUUAACAUUGAUCUCAUCCUUGUAUGUGUGCUCACGUAAUCAAAAUGCCCUCCAAAGGAAUGACAACAGCAGAAACAACAACAACGAAGCUGUCUGAUAUGAGUCCAUGUUGGGAGGAGCAGUCAGAAAUCUGUGGGGUGGGAUUCAUGUUGGUAAAACUCCUCCUGCUUUCUCGCUCCAGUUAAUCCCACCAGCUUGCCUCUGGGCCCGACCCCGUGUUUAUGUCUGCUGCUGCUCAAUGCUGUGCUCAUGUCAUUAUCAUCCGACACAGGUGUGCAGGGGAGACCCACCUAAUGCACUACUAUAUCACCACCKCCUAAUUCACAAUACACUACCCCCUGAUUCACCACUACACCAUCCCCUAAUUGACAAUACACUACCCCCUGAUUCACCACUACACCACCCCCUAAUUCACAAUACACUACCCCCGAUUCACCACUACACCACCCCCUAAUUCACAAUACACUACCCCCAAUUCACCACUACACCACCAUACUAAUACCCCAUACCAUGAACUGAGAGAGAGGACGAUUUGUUACAGGGGUUUACUACCUAUUCACUAUCUUUCUCUCUCUCUCCCUCUGUUUUUCUCCUUUUUUUUCCAUUUCUUUCUUGCUUGCUCUCUCUUUCUUUCUCAUCAUCAUCUGCGUCGCUAUAAUGUGAUUGACACUGGGGACCUCAACAGUGAGGCCCCUCCCCCCAGGGCAGGUCGACAUGUGGCUAAUGGGGGGAGGAGGGAGGGUUUUUGGCAUCCUCAUUCUGCAGAUAGGGACGCACACUGAGGAGAAUCCCUAUACGAGAGAGAGAGGGAAACAGAAGGAGAGCGAGGGGGGCCUGAAGAAAGGCAGAGGAAGAGAAGAAAUGAGGGAGAGAUACAUGAUGGACAGAAGAGAGAGGUAGUUAUUGAGAGGGGUGAGGAACAGGGUGCAAGCAAGACAUAGAAGGCAGAGGGGAGAGAUGGAAGGAGGCAGUUCUUGUAUUUAGAUUUGGAUCUUGAAUUUGUGGUUUAAACACACACUGACUGGACAACAGGAUGUAGCUAGCCUGAGGCUAUAGUCUUCAUCAACACCACUCCAGUCCUCCUGUCUGUCUGUCCCACCAGUGUACUUCCUGUGGCAGCCCUGGGCCUGGUCUGGAAGGUCAUCUGAUGGGUUUUCUUAAAGCAGCGGUUUACACGGCCCGACUUCACUUGCGCACUAGCACUCAGUGCGCACAGGGAGCAGCGACGACGUCGUCACGCCAUCCAAAAACAUGGUAGACAUUGGAUGAAUUUAAAAUGUUAUCUUCGGCUGUGAGUGAUGGGGGGAAAAUUGUCCUCAGCGACAAUUCUUUGAAUAAUUCAAUGGAUGUUUUGUGCACAAAGAUGAUGACUAAAGUGUCUUAUUAGGAAUUUUCUAAUUUGACUUCUCUAUGUGGCCGUCUAUGGAAAUWGUCUUUCUGGACCGGYCGUCAYUUAAACUGCAGUACCGAAGCAAGACUGUAGAAGCGGUCGAAACCGUGCUUCUAGACCAGAACCCUGGCCCCUUGGUCCAUAGGACUCUGGUCAAAAGUAGUGCACUAUAUAGGGUGUCAUUUGGCACGCACUCUAGGAGCGUAGCUGCAGCUACUCCUCAGUUACAACACAGCAGCUGAAGUGGUGUAACACUGCUAUCAAUUCUGAUCAACUCAGAAUACUGAACAGUUAGUGUCUACUCAUUUUAUUCUCCAUUCCAUCUCAUCGUUGUCUUUGGGUCGCAAGACUGAGUGAGAACAAUCUUUCCUGUGAGAAGUCAUCAGUCUGAUUCAAGCAGACAGCAGGCCCACACGCUGRCUGUGGUUGGUUGCUCUGCUUCGUCUCGGCAGCAUAGCUUUCAUAGUUCUAUAAGAGUUUUCGGGAGGGAAGGUGUGAGGCCCCACUCUCCUUUCUGUGGGGGGUAGGCUUGGUGUCAACAGACAUCUUUGCUUUGUGCCAAACUGAGGGAGAGGGAAUGGGGGAAAGUAAAGGGGUGAGUCUAUAUCGUGCCCCCCUUUAUACACUCCCUCCCUUUAUUCCCUUUCUUUCUCUUGGGGUUCAACUGUAAACUCAGAGUUGAUGGGAGGAAGGUUAGCCUGCCACUGUCAAAAUCACUCUCACACGAACACACACCCACAGACACCAUUUGUACCCCCUUCAUGUCCUGGGAGCAUCCUUGAUAUCCCACCGCACUACUCUACUGAACGCCCGGCCAAACAGCCAAACUCACAGUUGAAUUGGAAUCGACUAUCCAAACAGAGAGGGAAUAUUUUCAGUUGCAUGGAGUUAAGGUGCUGUGUGGACACUGUAUACAUAUUCUGCUCUCACUCAGAAAUACUUCCAGGUGUUGAACAAUGUGCUUUUGACUCUUUUUUUUCUUGUUUCCCUCUUUUGAAAUGAAAGCAACCGUUGGUUCAGCCCAUGUCCUUUGAAAGUCGAUAGAAUGGUUGGGUGUAGGUUACGUGAGAGAAAUGAUACUGUGAAAUGUUUCCCUUUUUAUUUAAAUCUAGAGCCUGGUGGUUAUUCUGAAUGUGGUUGGUAUGGUGCACAGAACUUGGACACAUUAACCCACGACUGAGACAGGUCUAGGUCUAGACCUCCAUGCCAGGCCAGAUGAUGAAGAGCCUCCAGUUCAGAAGCAUCGCUCCCAAGGCCCCAGCAGCGGUGGUUCCCUCCCCAGCCGCCAUCCUGUCCUGCCAGCACCCCUCUGCCCUCCCGGAGGCAGCCUCCACAGCCGUCAGCCCCAAGUCUAUCCUGGUCCCGGCCCAGAACUAUGCCCUGAUGCAGGUGGCAGGGCAGYAGGGUACCUUCUCUCUGGUGGCCCUGCCGCCCUCCGUAUCCCCUCAUUCGCCGCAGCAACAACAGCAGCAGCAACAGCCAAUCCAGAAGAACCUGAAGCUGCCCAUCCCCAGGUACCAGCCAAUGAGGACCAAGAACACCCCAGAGAAGGUCAAAUCAGCCACGCCCACCGGUGGCAGCGCCAGGGGGGUGAGGACACCCGUCAAGGUUGCCUUGACAACCCGGGACCAUCGGUCAAUAGCAGCCGUAAAGAAGAAGUUGUCAUUGGCUGAGCCCAAGGAGGAGCCAUCAGAACAGGUCAUACUGAUCGACUCCUCAGCCUCCUCUGAGCUCUCCGCCCUCACAGCCCUGCUCCCAGACAACGCCAUGCUCUACACUGGCUCUCCGCUGGAGCGAAUAUCAGUGGUGGACACCACCCCCGACCACCGGUCCACUCCUGCCCACGCCCCCGGCCCUGUCACCAGCAUGCUGCAGAACCUCCACUACCCAUCUGGUGGCAUUACUAAAAGUUCCCCGGUCGAACCAUCACAGGAUGAGAGCAGCGGUAAGGUUGCUAUCAGGCCGUGCCAACCCAAGCCUGUAGCCCAACAGCCCCAUCCACAGCCAGCUAGUAGCAGCAUCACUGUCCUCUCUCCAGCCAUCUUCAGCAAAGCUGUCCAGAUCAUCCCCUCCCCACCCAAGGGCAAGCUGCCCAUCCUGCCCUACUCCAAGAUGAAAAGCACCCUCAUACCCACCGCCAAACUCAACCUCAAUGCCAUGUCCCCCAAGAAGGCUUUCCCUAGCCAGCCUGACCUCUCCCCUUAUCCCUCUGAUCCCCAGUCCAAGACCCUGGAGACUGCUGAGGCCCUAUGUCAGAACCACAUGCCAAACUCCCUGRUGCAGAGUCAGCCUCAGGCCAAGACCACAGGCACCCUGUCGCUGCUGGGAACGCUACAGAUCCAGAAACUGUCAGGCAAGAAGAGGGGGAGGAAGAGGAAGACAAUGGAGGACAUUCUGGCCUUUGAGGCAAGGAAAAAGAGGUCCUUGUCGUUCUUUCGGAGGAGGGUGCCAGAGAAGCCUUCUCUCUCAGCCGUCAUCUCCUCCCCGCUGUCUAAACAGCAGAGGGAGGUGGACAUCUCUAAGAAGUACCGCAGCAUCAGACCCAAGCCUCACCACAUGCUGCUGAUGGAGACUGUACCCCAGCUGGUCAGCCUGCCCUCCCUCACCUCCUCUGACAGCCUGGAUUCAGAGCUCCUCGUGGGGCAUCAGUUCUCUGCCGAGGUCCUGGAGCCCGGUCCUGCCCAGCCCCAGCCAGCCUCUACCCCGCUAUACCUGAAAGGGGGCCCUUCUCAGAGGGUCUACCUGGGCAGUAGCCAGCCCCUCCACCGCUGCCCUACCUGCAGCCGCUGCUUCCAGUUCAAACACCACCUCCAGAGCCAUAUGAACAGCCACACCAACAGCAGGCCUUACUUGUGUCCUGUGUGUCGUAAGGCCUAUGCUCACUCUGGCUCCCUCAGCACCCACAUGAAGCUGCAUCACUCUGACGGGAGACCGCGGCGGACGCUUCGCUGUGACUUCUGUGAGAAGGCGUUUGGCUACGUGGGUGUGUACUUCGGCCAUUUGCGGGAGGUGCAUAAGGUCAUCCUGACCGUGGAGCCGUCCGUCAGCCAGCAUGAAGACGAAGUGCCUGUGGAGGGGGCCAUGUCUCCAGACCUGGGGGACGAGCAGGGCCAGGAGGAGCGUGAGGACCCGGUGGAGCUCCAGAUCAAGUGUAGCCGCUGUCAGGCCAUCACCCCCACCUUCGCCGACAUGAAGCUACACCUGCUCUAUGUGCAUGGGGAAGAGGUCCAGGUGUGCCUGCGGGACGGGGCUGGGGGGGUGGGAAGGUCACUGCACGGGGGCCGGGAGGCAGAGGAUGAGCUGGUGAAACACGCCGCCCACUACUGGCGCCAGCUCAAUGAGAAGAGGAACCUAGUCCGGUGUGGGAGCUGUGAUGAAGAGUUCUUCUCCUUCUCCAAGCUGAAGCGUCAUAUCCUCUCCCACCACCAGGGGGGACCGGAGGAUGAUGGAGAGGGGGAGCCGACCGGCCCCUCAGCCCGGGGAGGGAGAGGGGUCCUGAGGCAGGGAUUGGUGUUUAACUGUGUGCUGUGCAGCCAGGUACUGGACAGUAAAGAGGAGGUGAUGGAGCACUGGAGGGGCCACCACCACUGUGAGGAGACCCAGGUACUCUGGGAGGCCCUCGGCUCCUACUCGGGAGAAAGGGAGAUGGACUUGCCCGACCACAGUACAUGUUAACAUUGCACUGGACACGUUCCAGGUCGUCUUUGUUGCAGUCACGCUGCACAUCUCAGAAUAUUGACUUUACUUAUUCCUUCUAGCCUUUAAGGAAGCGAAUUGCCAGAACAGUGCAUUUAAAAGAUUGAAAUAUCAUAUCAAUGUGGUUUCUGAGGUGUUAAAAAACACUUCUCCAGGCAUUGUGAGAUCUUAUAAUCGGGGCGGGCUGACUACAAUCAAUAUGCCCUCGAACGUACCCACUAUUUGUGUGUGUCUGAUCUGAUCAUGAGCUGUGUGCUGCUCUCAAACACACCCAGUUAGUCCCUAUUCACACUAUCCAGCCGACCCCAACCAUGCAGUACAUUUCCAGCAACUAUGGUGGCUGGGUAACCACUAACCAUGCAAGUAUAGCUCACCUCAGUAUGGUGAAAGGGUAUUAGUCCAUACAGAGGUCAGUUAUAGCACAGGUUAGUUUGUUAGAGAAUCCACUUGAUACAUUACAAAUUAUUAUUUUGGUAUUUUGUGGACUGCACUGUUUUUUUGUUUUGUGUCAGUGUUGAUUUUGUGUUUAGU